GAUGGGAGUGAUCAUGGUGGCCCGAUGCUUUGGCUGCUGAUCCCUCCACCAUCCACUAGAUGGUGCUGUACCCUGCCUGACUUGCUCCCCAGUUUCAGGGUUGUUUCCUUUGCGUUAGGAUCCCCGUGGCCGUCGUUGCCAAAGAUUAGGCUGAGAUGUCAAGCAGGACAUCCUGGGACACUUGCUUCGGAUGCCACCAGUCAAGCUGAGCUAUUGAGUAGCAGAUUUUCAGAUGCUGAGGAGUUUCUAGGGUUCAAGAUCUCUAUGCCCUAACCUGCCAAGUGAGUCCUAUCCAGGGGGUUCCAUCCAAGACUGUUGGAGAGACCAUGUUCUGGUCUAUUCCAUGCUCUGAUUAGAAGGUCUCCGUUACUGCUCUCUGGCUCAUAGGGGAAUUUACCUGGUUCUGCACCUUGAAGUACUUUUGUUUGGCUGUUGAGUUAAUAUUAAUAUCAAUCCUGGUAUUGGUACCAGGUAAGGGGUGUGUGUGUGUGAAAACUUGAUGGAAGGGAAAUUAUAGAAAAAAAAUGAUCCCAAAAUUACCAGAAGCAAAAAGGGGGAUUAUGAGUGCCACAUGUCAGAAUGUUUAUCUUAGUUUGAAUCUUGGCUCUGCCUCCCUGGUUGUCUGACAGGGACUAAAUCUGGCUCCUAAAGAUGUGGACAGCCCAAAAGCUCUCAUCCAAUUGUCCUUUUGGGCAUCACUCUGUUUCAGGGCCUAUGGGGGGCGAGGAAACUGAGGGCCCAGUCAGUAGUGGGGUGAUUUGCCAAGGGCAGACUAGUCAGCUGGAUCACAGGCUCACAUCUCCCCUGACUCCUGUUAUCAGUAUGUGAGGGAUGAAGGCAGAAAGCAGGAGCUGUCCUGGGUGUCUGGAUAGGCAAGGACACAAGGUGUGGGGACUAAGAGGGGCACAUUGCCAAACACCAUCCCCAGAGCAAUACCAGCUCUGCAAUCCUAAGAUCACUGAGUAGACCAUUGGGUGUGAGAGAGAGAGACUCUGAGUGUGCAGAAACGCACAGGCUAAUUCCGUAGAAAUUCUAGUCUCCCCAUAUAGCCAGGUCUGGCUCUAAACCUAUCAUCUUUUCAUCUAAGCUUCUUCCUGAGUGCUGAGAUUCUAGGUUUGUGCCACCAAUGUGGCCUUUUAAGGUCCCACUUAGUGCUUCAGUCUCAGAGUAAAUGGGCCAGCAUGGGUCUCCACUCUGCCCACCAGGAACCUGUGUUUUCAACCGAUGGAUACAUCACCUGUGCUGUUGACCCCCCCAAGGCCACUGCCCACCUGUGGGGUGGGGUUAGAGUCUCUACAGUGGGAGCCAGGUGCCACAGCCACUGUGGGAAGAUGAAGGGGCAGAAAGAACAGGAGUGUCCCAUUGUGGAGUGGGAAAGUCUCACUACAGGGUCAGCCACAGCAAAGACACGGAGGUGUCAUGGUCACUGAGGCAGGAUAGACUUGAAGGUGUAUGUAUGAUAGAAGCAGGGGCUGGUUGGGAGGGGGGAGACUGCAGUGGGCUUGAGGCCUGGAGUGCUGACUAAAGGGGAUUCAACUUGACCCUGAGAGAUCAUCAAGGACCCCUUAGAAGGAGCAAGGUGUCUUCCCUCCCUCCCUCCCUCCCUCCCUCCCUCCCUCCCUCCCUGCUCUGAGGAUGCCCUGAAACCAUCAGAAGGGAUGGGGUUGGAGGGUUGCUUUGCGCAACUCUGCUCGGGUUCCAGCUGGGAAGAAGAGGGCUCCUAUCAGGGCUGCACAGCCAGCCAGGAGCAGGGCAGGGCAGGGCAGGGCAGGGCAGGGCAGGGCAGGGCAGGCCUGGGCAGGGCAGGGCAGUCCUUCCCAGAACAGCCUUUCUGUAAACUGAGUCACAGCCCCCAUCAAGAGGUCUACCAUGCCCACAUCAGCACCCAGCUGCAGCACAGGACCAGUUUGUCUUCUUCUUGCAGCUUGGAUGGACCAGAGACCCCCACACUUGACACCAUGGACCCUUCAGACUGCGAGGAUGCCCCAGGAGACAGAACCUUCAUUGAGGAAGCCGCUGAGUACCUGCAGCACACAUCGGGCAGGGAAGACCUGAGGCUGCUGCUGACCGAAGAUGGAGCCUGGGAGGCCUUUGUGGCGGAAGCUGAGUUGUCCAGAGCUGAUGCAGACACUUUACGCGACGCCCUCCAUGCACUCACAGCAAACCUGGCUGUGGAAGACCAGGAAAGGCUCCAACGUGACCUGCAGGACAUGGAGAGGUUUAUGGAUGCGUUUCCCCAGGUGAAACUGGAGCUGGAGGGACACAUCGGGAAGCUCCGCACCCUGGCAGACAAGGUUGACAAGGUGCACAGGGACUGUACCAUCUCCAAGCUUGUGGCCGGCUCCACCAGCACUGUGUCUGGCAUCCUGACCCUCCUUGGCCUCACUCUGGUACCCGUGACAGCUGGGAUCAGUCUGGUACUCUUGGCAACAGGGAUGGGCCUGGGAGCAGCAGCGGCUGUGACUAGUGUCUCCUCUGGGAUCGUGGACUACACAAGUAGGUCAUUAGCCAAAACGGAAGCCAGCCACCUGGUGUCAACCGGCAUGGCCAAAGUGAAGAUGGUUGCAGACGCUGUGGUUCAUUCAGGACCCCAGGUCUUGUCCUUAUCUGAGAAUUGCUGCCGUGUCCUACGGUGCAUUGAGCAGAGCAUCUAUGCCAUCAAGCUCACCAAAGCCAACCCUGCCUUAGCAGCUAGUGCCAUGGGGAGCACCUCUGCCCAAAGUGGUAAGCACGUGAAGAAGGCCUUUAAAGGCACUGCCCUGGCAAUAAGCAGAAGAGCCCGGAUCAUGGGUAUAGCCACCGCAGGUGUGUCCCUCGUUGGGGAUGUGAUCAGCCUUGUGAAACAGUCCAAGAAUUUGCACAAGGGCACAAAAGCAAAGUCUGCCGAGGAGUUGAGGCAGCAGGCUCGGGAGCUGGAGGAGAAACUGGAGGCGCUCAUCCAGAUGUAUGAAGGUUUGCAGGCAGGCUCAAGGCGGUAACAUGCUUCCUCCCCCAGAGCAGUGCAGAAGACGGGGAGGUGUUCUGGAUCUAGAGACUGAAGCAUUUUUGUGAGAGGGAAUCAGACCCAUGAAGUUCAGGACUUAGACAUUUGUUCUUUUCAAAACACUUUGUUGUGGUUUUGUUUAUAUGUGUGUGUGUGUAUCUGAGAAUGUGGGUGUAGGUACCCUCCAAGGCCAGAAGAGGGCAUCAGGUCUCCCAGAGCUGGAGUUACAGGAGGUUGUGAACUGCUUGAUGUAGAUACUGGGAAUUGAACUCAUAUCCUCAGCAGGACAGCCAGUACUCUUAACUGCUUAGCCACCUUUCCAGCCAGCGUUCGACAUUUUCUCUAGCUGAGCAUUGUAAGAUCAGUGCCGGUAGCUAAGGGAGUGAAGGGAAAAGAAUGGGAGCCCGAAACAAGAGACCAGAGGGGACUAGAGAGUGCGGGGCUGGGAGGGAACAGUCAGUUUUGGAGUAAAGAGCUUUGGAGGUUUGAAUAAAGAGAGCUGUGUCUGAGCAAGCAAGGAAAAAAGCAGCGAAUCUGACACACUGGGAAUGGGAGAAAGCCAGAGGAAGAAUCCUGGAUGUGGAAGAGCCACUGUGACUUCCUCGGAUGACCGUGGUGGUGGUGACAGGUGGAGGUGACAGCAGAGUGGGCACGGCAGUUGUCAAGGGGCCAGGGUGCCUUUGAGGACCAGUGGAAUUCCAUUGACACUCUCUAGGGUGUGCUGGGGUGGAGAUUGAUUUAGGGAUGGGGAGUGGCCCAGAUUGGACUGACAGGUCAAGAGACUUUGUGCUGUACUGAGGGCAACCAGCCUGUGGUCAAGAGACAUACCUUCUCAGAGACACAGCUUCCUCAUGAGUUGGGGGGGGAUGGGGGGGGAUGAUGGACAAGACCACCUCUCUGCUUAUCUUCCUCUUCCAUCUCAUGUUCUAUAUAGACUUUAGCUCAAUGAAUAUGAGCCAAUUAGUCUAGGAAAACGGGGCAUCCCAGAGUGAAGGUCCCAAAGUCAUAGGUAAGGAAAACAACACGUUAGAGCACGUUUCAGGAUGUGAGAUAGGAGAGCAUCCGCCCUCCUCCUAACCACCCUAACUGCUAGACCCACAGCCCCUUCCCAUGAGGCAGUGUGCUCAGUCCAAGGGCAGAGCACAGCCUUGUAGGAGGCACAGAGGUUCUUCUGCUCACAGAUAAGCACCAGGGGACCCAGGAAGGUUAGCAACAGGGUUGAUCCUUCAAAGGAAGGGAUGUAUAGCCUGUUAUCUGCCCAGAAGACUGGGAGCAGACAUGGUUAAUAGUUUGGUGACCUUUGUGCUAUUUUGUGUCCAAGACCACACCGGAUCUUCCCUCUAGAUCCUUACUGUGAACUUGUCUAUCUACAGAACCCAUCGUUAUGAAAGAUGUCACGUAUACAGAAAGAGUUUGACGUAAUCAUGUCUUAAGCUUUAUUGUGCACACAGGAAUGAGUUAAUUAUCACCACGAAAGUGUUCACCAGCUUGCGGCGUGCUUCAAUAUGUCUAAAAUAAACUACUUGGGGCCAGACUCCGACAGUUUGAACCAA